CUGCUCAGGCGCCCGCAGCCAGCGCGCGGUCCCAGCUCGCACGCAGACCGCUCCGGCACCGGCGCGCAGCGGGGACCGCGGACCUGGCACCGCCUCGGACCCGGGACGGGCGCCCCGGGCCCCUCGAAACGCUUCCUUUCCGCAGCGCGCCGACCGUCCUUGAGCGCCGCCGGCCGAGCUCGCCGCCCGAGCGCGGCUGCAAGAGGAGGCGCACGAGCCCCCGAGGGAGCGGUCCGAGCCCCGGCCGCCGGCCAGCCCCGCGCCACAAAGGGAGCGCCCCCGCCCCCUGGCACCCCACCUCGCUCCCCAAUGUCCUCGGCCAUCGAGAGGAAGAGCCUGGAUCCGUCGGAGGAGCCAGUGGAUGAGGUGCUGCAGAUCCCACCAUCCCUGCUGACAUGUGGCGGCUGCCAGCAGAACAUCGGGGACCGCUACUUCCUGAAGGCCAUCGACCAGUACUGGCACGAGGACUGCCUCAGCUGUGACCUCUGCGGGUGCCGCCUGGGUGAGGUGGGGCGGCGCCUCUACUACAAGCUGGGCCGGAAGCUGUGCCGGAGAGACUAUCUCAGGCUGUUUGGCCAAGAUGGUCUCUGCGCGUCCUGUGACAAGCGGAUCCGUGCCUAUGAGAUGACCAUGCGGGUGAAAGACAAAGUGUAUCACCUGGAGUGCUUCAAAUGUGCCGCCUGUCAGAAGCAUUUCUGUGUGGGUGACCGGUACCUCCUCAUCAACUCCGACAUCGUGUGCGAGCAGGACAUCUACGAGUGGACUAAAAUCAAUGGGAUGAUCUAGGCGUUUCCUGGGAGUCACAGCCUCUGCGGGGGCGUCUUCCCUCUAAGGCAC